UGGAUUUCUGCACACACACAAACGCACAGAGUGGGAAUAAACGAGAGAGAGAAGACAAUGAGGGCAAACAUGAUCUGAAGGGGGGGAAAGAUACAAUCUCACCCUCUCUUGGGGCUCCGGCAGCGUUUUUUUCCCUGGGAUCGGGGAUUUAUUUUUAUUGGUGGUAUUUUCUUGGGAAAGGCAGAGGGAGGGGGAAAUCGACUUCAAGUGCGGAGCUGCUUCCAGCUGGUGCGUGAACCUUGCCGGAUUUGGGGGGAAAAAAAGCCCCUUGGAUACAAAUUUGCAGGAAAUCCUGCCGCGGGCGCCGAGAUCAUCACCCUCACCAUGAAUUCCGUGGCUGGGAAUAAGGAGAGGAUCGCGGUCAGCACCCGAAACAGGAAAUAUGGGGUGAACGACCCCUGCUCCCCGACCAAACCCGCGGCUCCCUUCUCGCCCGAAAGCUGGUACCGGAAAGCUUACGAGGAAUCCCGGGCCGGCAGUCGCCCAGCCCCGGAAGGAGCCGGCUCCAUCCUGGGCUCGUCCGGCACCCCUUCCCCGGGAUCGGGCACGUCGUCGCCGGGCUCCUUCACCGGGUCGCCGGGCCCCGCUUCCCCGGGGAUCGGCAACAGCUCUCCCGGGUCGCUCGGGGGCUCGCCGGGCUUCGGCACGGGGUCUCCGGGCUCCGGCAGCGGAGGAGGCUCCUCCCCGGGCUCCGACCGCGGCGUCUGGUGCGAGAACUGCAACGCCCGCUUGGUGGAGCUGAAGAGGCAAGCGCUCAAGCUGCUCCUGCCGGGGCCCUUCGGCAGCAAGGACCCGGCUUUCUCUUCUGCAAUUCACGACAAGCUGCAGGUGCCCAACACCACCCGGAAGGCAUGGAAUGAAAGAGACAACCGGUGCGACGUGUGUGCCACUCACUUGAACCAGCUGAAGCAGGAAGCGAUUCAGAUGGUGCUGACCCUUGAACAGGCUGCCAACACUGAACAUUGCGAUGCUUCUCCUGGCUCCCCUCCUCCCCUCCCCAACAUCCCCACCUUGGUGGGCUCACGACAUAUGGGCAGCCUGCAGCCCAGGGACUGGGCCUACAUGUCUGCUCCUUAUGCUACAUCCAAUUAUGCUGGCUUUCUGCCUAACAAACUCAGCGGGAAACAGAACAUAGGGAUCGUUAAUGGGAUAGAGAAGAAAAAUGGUUCCUUGGGACAUCAGGCAAAGGUCAGUGUACAGAUGGCCACCAGCCCCAGCAAUGGUAACAUCCUGAAUUCUGUGGCUAUCCAGGCUCAUCAGUACCUAGACGGCACCUGGUCCUUAUCGAGAACAAAUGGCGUUACUCUGUAUCCCUAUCAAAUUUCCCAGUUGAUGACCGAGACUGGCCGAGAGGGAUUGACUGAAGCUGCACUGAACCGCUACAAUGCCGAUAAACCCUCCUUGUACAGCUUACCUGCUUCCCAAAGCACCUGUGUUGCCAGUGACACGUCAACAGGCACCUCAGUGGCAGCUUCCUUUUUUGCCAGAGCUGCUCAGAAGUUGAACUUGUCAUCCAAAAAAAAGAAACACCGGCCUUCUGCGUCUUCUGUUUCUGAAUCUCACCUAUUUGCUACCAAAUUCAGCACCAUCCUACAGACUUCCCCUCCACCUGCUCCGCCAUGUUUGCUGAGGGCAGUCAACAAAGUAAAAGACACUCCAGGACUGGGCAAGGUGAAGGUCAUGGUUCGCAUUUGUUCUACCUUGGCCAGAGACUCCUCUGAAUCCAGCUCCUUCUUAAAGGUUGAUCCUCGUAAGAAGCAAAUUACUCUGUAUGACCCAUUGUCCUGCGGAGGCCAGAAUGCCUUCCAAAAAAGGAGUAGCCAAGUGCCACCCAAGAUGUUUGCGUUUGAUGCCGUUUUCCCUCAAGACGCAUCUCAGGCUGAAGUAUGUGCAGGAACAGUAGCUGAAGUGAUCCAGUCUGUGGUGAAUGGUGCUGAUGGAUGUGUAUUCUGCUUUGGACACACCAAACUAGGAAAAUCCUACACGAUGAUUGGAAAGGAUGAUUCCAUGCAGAACCUUGGCAUAAUCCCUUGUGCCAUAUCCUGGCUGUUCAAGCUGAUUAAUGAACGGAAAGAGAAGACAGGAGCCCGGUUCUCUGUCCGAAUCUCAGCAGUGGAAGUGUGGGGAAAAGAAGAAAACCUGAGAGACUUGCUGUCAGAGGUGGCAACAGGCAGCUUACAAGACGGCCAAUCUCCUGGUGUCUACCUUUGUGAGGACCCAAUUUGUGGCAUGCAGCUGCAGAAUCAAAGUGAACUCCGAGCUCCUACUGCAGAGAAAGCUGCCUUCUUCCUCGAUGCAGCCAUUGCCUCGCGUCGUAGCAGCCAGCAAGAUUGCCGGGAGGAAGAUCACAGGAAUUCUCACAUGCUCUUCACUCUGCACAUCUACCAGUACCGAAUGGAGAAGAGUGGAAAAGGGGGAAUGUCAGGAGGUCGUAGCCGCUUACACCUCAUCGACCUGGGCAGCUGUGUUAAACCCCUCAGCAAAAAUCGUGAAGGAGGCUCUGGACUUUGUCUUUCAUUGUCUGCAUUGGGCAAUGUGAUCCUAGCCCUAGUCAAUGGCAGCAAGCACAUUCCAUACAAAGACAGCAAGCUGACCAUGUUGCUCCGGGAGUCCCUUGGGAACAUGAACUGCCGUACUACCAUGAUAGCUCACAUUUCGGCAGCUGCAGGGAACUAUGCUGAAACACUUUCCACCAUCCAGAUUGCAUCCAGGGUUUUAAGAAUGAAGAAGAAGAAAACAAAGUACACGUCAAGCUCUUCUGGAGGAGAAAGUUCUUGUGAAGAAGGGAGGAUGCGGAGGCCAACCCAGCUGAGGCCCUUCCAUUCUCGGAACGUUGUUGAUCCAGACUUCCCCAUUCUUCACUUGUCAAGUGACCCAGAUUAUUCUUCUAGCAGCGAACAGUCAUGCGACACCGUCAUUUACGUUGGCCCCAACGGCACAGCCCUUUCGGACAAGGAACUGACGGACAACGAAGGUCCCCCGGAUUUUGUCCCCAUAGUUCCUGCCCUUCAGAAGACCAAAACUGAAAGCAAGCUGGAAGACAUGAGCGAGACAGCCCCCAGCACUUCUGAGAGAGACUGCUUGAAGUGCAAUACAUUUGCGGAACUCCAGGAGAGGUUAGACUGCAUUGACGGCAGUGAGGAGACUGACAUGUUUCCUUUUGAAGAACUGCCUGUUCAGUUCAGCUCCGACCAAGUAACUAAGUGCCCUGUGUCAGGCCAAGCAGCAGAGCUCACUAGUACAUCAGACCCGGGCAGGGAAGAAGGCCUGGCAGGCUGCCAAGAACCUGAUAAAGAUUUCAAGGAAAACCUGAAUGCAACAGCCAACAAAAUUCAGGGAAGCCAUUCCCCUGUUCACACCGGGGUGCUUAAUGAGGCACCCACCCCUCCAUCCCCUAGGAGUGUUACGGGCAGUCCGAGUAGCCACAUGAACUGUUCCCAGCAAUCCCACGGCACAGAUCUGCAGAGCAGCCGAGAAAGCCUUAACACCUGCGGCUUUGUAGAAAGCAAGCCUCGGCCCAUGGGUUCCCCGCGGCUUGGCAUUGCAAGCCUUUCCAAGACAUCAGAGUACAAGCCCCCCACUUCUCCUUCUCAGAGGUGCAAGGUUUACACCCAGAAAGGAGUAAUGCCCAACCCUGCACCACCACCGUCAUCUUUAAGCAAGGACUCUGGGAUGGUGUCCAGUGAGUCUCUGAUGCAGCCAGAGAUCCGCACGCCUCCCAUUGGCAUGAGCCCACAGCUCAUGAAAAAGUCAGUGUCUUCCAGCAGUGCUGAUUAUGGGGAGCCCAUUGACAAUGAAGAGCAGCAGGAGCAGCAGCAAGAGCCACCUCUUUCUCCUGAGUCAAAGAAGGAGAUUUUGAGCACCACCAUGGUCACGGUGCAGCAGCCCUUAGAGCUGAAUGGAGAAGAUGAGCUGGUAUUCACCUUGGUUGAAGAACUGACCAUUAGUGGGGUUCUGGAGAACGGACGUCCAACAAGUAUAAUCAGCUUUAACAGUGAUUGUUCUGUGCAAGCUCUGGCCUCCGGGUCUAGGCCGGUUAGCAUUAUCAGCAGCAUCAGUGAAGAUCUUGAAUGCUAUGCUAGUACAGCUCCUGUGUCUGAGGUCAAUAUCACCCAGUUUAUGCCUCUUCCAAAAAUGGGACUGGAUCACAAAGCUGAAGAGGCUGAAAGCAGACGUUCCUCUAUCAGCUCGUGGUUGAGUGAAAUGAGCACCGGAAGUGAUGGCGAACAGUCAUGCCACAGCUUCAUAGCCCAAGCAUGCUAUGGGCAUGGGGAAGCACUGGCAGAUGCGCCCAUUGCUGAACUGGCAAGAGGCGUACAGAACAGCAGUGUGGUUUGUAUAAAUGACAAGCAAAAGCCAGUCACCGAGGAAAUAUUUGUACUGCCAGAGGUUACCGACGAAAGUAUUACUAAAAUGUCACCUAUCAAAGGUUGUAAAAUAUCAGCCCUGGGAAAGACUAUGGUCACAAUAUCAAACACCACAAGCCUAAGCAGUUGUGAAGGUUUCAUUCCAAUGAAGACCAACAUUACUGUGUAUCCAUGUAUUGCUGUUAAUCCCUUUAAGGCACAAGAGCCGCCUGAGACCAUAUCUGCAGUGUCGUCACCAGCAAAAGUUCCCCAACCUCAAGAGUUGAAGGAAUCCAGUGUAAGAAAAGAGAUAAAAUUUGAUGAUCCUUGGCUAAAGAGGGAAGACAGUGUGAAAAAAGAAAGCUGUGGCCCCAAGGCUGAAGCCAUCACUCAACAAAAUAAGAAGCAGAAGUCAGCAGACAGGUUUAGCAGCAGUAGCGGAGAGACUUCUAGCUCCCCAGGAACGGAAAACCUGAAGAGGGUUGUAGAUGGAUGUGAAAUGGGACUUCCCAGUUCCACAGCCCACAGCCCAGCACACACUACAGAGAGCUUUAAAAAUGGCAGCCUCACGAGAGGCGUUCAGAAGGCCAGCAAGCUGGAGGAAUUGGAUGCUGUUUCUUAUCAUUACAUAGAGGAGAACAGUGCCAUUAGCUGUUCUGUUGGGUCCCAGACUUCCAGAGCUAGCCUGGAAAGAAGGAUUGCAUCCCCCAAACACUGUGUUCUCACACGUCCCAAAGGAACUCCGCCAUUGCCUCCCGUGAGGAAAUCUAGCCUGGAUCAGAAAAAUAGGGCCAGCCCUCAGCACAGCACUUGCAGUAGCAGCACCAGCAGCCCUUUGAACCAACCAGCACCUUUCCUGGCUAGUUUUCCUGAUGAGCUGAAUGGGAAACAAAAGGGUUCCAAUAUGGAGAGUGGUAACAAUAGCAGCAGUAAAUUGUUUAGUGCCAAACUUGAACAACUGGCCAGCAGAACCAAUUCCUUGGGAAGGACCAGUGGGAGCCAUUAUGAGUGCCUGUCUUUGGAAAGGGCAGGGAGUCUGUCCUCUGUCAGCUCUAAGAUGGGUCCUGGGAAAGACACCACAAUGCCCAGAGCUGGGAGAAGUUUCAACCGCAGUGCAAUGUCAUCACCCACAAACUCAGGUCUUUCUCAGUCUGCAGGGGCCUCGCCAAAGGCCAGUCAAUCAAAGAUCUCUGCAGUGAGCAAGCUCCUCUUGGCAAGUCCUAAGGCUCGAAGCCUGGCUGCUUCAACCACCAAAACACUUAGCUUCUCUACCAAGUCCCUCCCUCAGUCUGUGGGGCAGAGUUCAGGCUUGCCUCCGAAUGGAAAGAAUAUGUCCUGGUCUACUCAGUCUCUCAGCAGGAACAGGGGCUCUGGGCUCUCCUCAAAACUGCCCCUCAGAGCCGUCAAUGGGAGGAUCUCAGAACUUCUGCAAGGAAGCACAGGCACCAGAGGGCUGCAGUUGCGUAGGAACUCGGACACAGAUGAUCGCAGCACCGUCCAUGGAGAAGAGAAGCCAACUGUUCACCUGCUGCCUUCACCUUACAGCAAGAUCACUCCACCUCGAAAGCCUCACCGCUGUAGCAGUGGCCACGGAAGUGACAACAGCAGUGUCCUGAGUGGGGAGCUGCCACCUGCCAUGGGGAAAACAGCCUUGUUCUACCACAGUGGAGGAAGCAGCGGGUAUGAAAGCAUGAUGAGAGACAGUGAAGCAACAGGAAGUGCUUCCUCGGCACAAGACUCUAUGAGCGAGAACAGCAGCUCCCUCAGUGGGAGGUGCCGAAGUCUCAAAAAUCCAAAGAAGCGUUCGAAUACAGGUUCUCAGAGACGGAGACUCAUCCCAGCUUUAUCGCUUGACACAACAUCUCCUAUAAGGAAACCUACCAGCCCAGCAGUACGCUGGGUAGAUGGACCUCUGAGAAGUUCCCAGAGAGGAAUGGGGGAGCCCUUUGAGAUCAAAGUCUAUGAGAUUGAUGAUGUGGAGCGGCUCCAACGACGGCGCAUGGGGGACAACAAUGAGGUGAUUUGCUUCAACGCUAAACUGAAAAUCUUGGAGCACCGGCAGCAGCGAAUCGCAGAGGUCAAGGCCAAGUACGAGUGGUUAAUGAGGGAGCUGGAAGUGACCAAACAGUACCUGAUGUUGGAUCCCAAUAAAUGGCUCAGUGAAUUUGAUCUGGAGCAAGUAUUUGACUUGGAUUCCCUGGAGUACUUGGAGGCUCUCGAGUGCGUGACCGAGCGACUAGAGAACCGUGUCAACUAUUGCAAGGCCCACCUCAUGAUGAUCACCUGCUUUGACAUCACUUCUGGGCGCCGGUGAAGAAUUAACCUCAAGAACAUUUUGGACUACUGCCACUCCCCUUUCUCCCUUUUGAACAACACCCCAAAGACCUAGAAUGAGGAUGAAGGUUGGUGUCAUGUUUUGACUGUGUGUGGAAGAGAUUCCCCCCCUCUUAUUAUGAUGAAGAGUGGUGCGUACAUCAACUAGAUGAUGAUGAUGAUGA